AUGGCAUCCAAAAGGACACAGGGCGACUGUAUCAAGUCAAACAAGAAGAAAAAGAAGGAGAAUAACUGCGAAGAAACGGCAGAACUUUGCUGUGUCGUUCAAGACGAGAACGUGAAGCGAGCAGUGAAGGAGGCGUGGAGCCAGAAGUCCAACUACACACACGGUGAUUUGGAGUUGGACUGCCAUCCUUUCCCUCACUGCGUCAUUAAAAACUUUAUCAAAACUGAGAAUUUCUUGGAGAAUCUGCAGAGGGAACUGCUGGCGCUCAACUUUCACGAAAAGUCCAACGAUCUCUACAAAUUUCAACAGUCCGUUGGCUUGAGAAACCGAACUGAAGCACACAUUGCAGGCGUGAGAUCAGCUCUUUUCAGUCAAUUUCGGCCAUGGCUUGAGGAGGUUUUAAAUGUGAAAUUGGAGCCCCAUGUUGAUAUUUCUUGUUUCAAAUAUGAAUACACUGAUGUUCUUUUGUGCCAUGAUGAUGAACUGGAGGGGAGGCAUGUUGCCUUCAUUCUUUACCUCGUCCCUCCGUGGCUGAGCAGCGAUGGGGGAUCUCUUGACCUUUACGAAACAGACGCUCAUUUCCAACCACAGAGUGUCGUCAAGUCCAUGGUGCCUUCUUGGAACACACUCGUCCUUUUUGAAGUGUCUCCAGUUUCCUAUCACCAAGUCUCUGAGGUGUUAUCACAGGACAAGUGUCGUUUAUCUCUGAGCGGUUGGUUUCACAAACCCACUCCGGAGCGUCCACCUCCCUACGUAGAGCCUCUCGUCUCACGCAGCGAACACUUACCGAGAGAUGAAACAAUCUUGCUAGAGUGGAUCAAUCCACUCUACCUGGAUAUUUCCUACCAGGAGCAGAUACAGGAAAAUUUUGAGGAAUCCUCAGAAAUUCAGCUCAAAGAUUUUUUACUGGAGGAAAAAUUCAACCAGGUGUGUGAAGCCGUGCAGUUGGCUCAGAUCCAGUGGACAAAGAAGGGACCGGACAAUAAGAGACGCUAUGAAGCAGCCUGUUUGGACACCUUGCCCGAGUGCGUGAGUGCUUGUUGGGAGCUCCUUCAUUCAGAAGCGUUUUUCCUCCUCCUGUCCAACUUCACGGGCCUCAGAUUGCACUACCUGUGUCCCGCUGACGACGAUGACGAAGAAAACAAAGACGAAGAAGCCACAGGCUCUUCAAAUGGAACAAGAAAAGAGUCAGAGCCGAGCAUACCCAAAUGUUGUGGUGAGCUGCGACGAUGGUCCCAUGGCAGCUACACUUUAAUGCAUGAUGGCGUGGCAGCACAAGCGGAAUAUGCACUAGACCUCCUUUUGCCUUUUUGCUGUGCGGGUUGGAACUCGGAGUUCGGAGGCUAUAGUUGUUACAUUGCGAAAGAAGAGGAUGAGGAGCUCCUGACCAUCAAUCCUGAAGAUAACUCCCUCGCUCUGGUCUACAGAGACAAGGAAACCCUCAAAUUUGUCAAGCACAUCAACCACAAAAGCAACAAUGAUUCUAUUAACAGAAGAUUCUAUGAUUUUUCUUUUGUGUAUUAUGAAUAA